UCCUACAACAAUAUGGACAACAAGGGCAAGAGAAAACUGGACGAAACAAAUUCAGAAAAAAAGUAAGCGAAUAAACCUCCAAAUAGUUGGUUCGAAUUAAAAAUCAAUACUCAUGGUCUAUAUUACAGGAUUACCAGAAGAUGUAACUGUUGACGAAAUAGUUGAAGUUUUUUCAAAGUGCGGUAUUAUAAAGGAAGAUCCAGUAACACAAAACCCUAGAGUGAAGAUUUAUUUCGACAAAGAAACUGGAAAAAAGAAAGGCGAUGCACUUGUUACAUAUCUUAAAGAUCCUUCAGUUGAUUUAGCCAUUAAAAUUUUAGAUGGUAUGCCUUUACGGCUAGGUGAAAAAAUUCCAAUGAAAGUUGCUCGCGCAGAGUUUAAGCAGAAAGGGGAAAAGUUCGUACCAAAGGAAGUUGACAAGAACAAGAAGAAGAAACUACAUAAAGUUGAACAAAGAAUGCUUAGUUGGGGUGGUCGCGAUGAUAUAGAGAUACCGAUUUCAGCUAUUGUUGUGCUUCGCUAUAUGUUCACACCAGUUGAAUUGCGAGAGGAUGAGAAUUUAUGUUCUGAGAUAAAGGAAGACGUUCGAGAGGAGUGUACAAAGUUUGGUCCCGUGGGAUUAGGUGUGCGAAAAUCACCCACAAGGGGGUGUUUUGGUUAAAUUUAAGGUGUUUUGGUUAAAUUUAAGGAUCGAAGGGAUGCUCAUAGGUGUAUUGAAGCGAUGAACGGACGAUGGUUUGCUGGUAGGCAAAUCCAUGCUAGUGAAGAUGAUGGAACUGUUAAUCAUGCUUUAGUUCGAGAUUUAGAUGAAGAAAAUGAUAGAUUGGAGAAGUUUGGAGCGAAACUUGAAGCUAGUUCAUCCACAGUGACGGAUCCAGAAUUUUGUGCAGACGACAAUAAUAACCACUAGUAAGAGCGGCAAUCAAACUUGUUUUUAUUUGUUUAUAGCAGGGCCUCAAAACAACAUCAUUUUGAACUUGUGUUUUUUUUUCUUUCUAGAAUGACUUGGUAAAAGCUCAACAAAAUUUAUUUAUGUGGAAAUAGUAGCAACACUUAUUUUUGUUUGGCUAUGCAAUCUAUGUGUCUAUGUACUUUUUGAAUAGAAACUCGGCUUCUGAAAAAUUCUGGCUUUCGUACUUUGGUAGGCCUUUGAGAUGUCGCAAAAAGAAGGGGUUAGUAGAUGUGCUACGGGCUCAGCUUGUCGCACUCCAACUAGUUUUGUAAUUGACUGCAAAACCUAUUUACGCAUUAAUUAAAGAAACUAGCAAAAAUCAAUUCCUGAACAAUUUAGGUUUCAACAACAUAGCUGAUUCAAAUACAAUAUAAUAUAAAGAAAUACAACAAUAUGCAUUCUAUGAGAUCUCAAUGAUCCUUUUAUUUCUGAAAUUUCAACUAAUCUAAUAUUGUCUUAGUCAACAAAACCGAAGUAAUAAGACUACAAGAACAUUAAUUCUUUGUAGAUACUCUAUUGCUAAGCUUGUGAAUACAAUAGCUAAAAGUCCAAACUUAAAAAAAAAA